AUGACACUCUCAAGGCCUCAACGGCUGGUCACACUUAUACUAAGUGCUGUCUCGGCCUCCAUUAUAUUUCAAUCGGCAUACACUGCCCCUAACAUCGUCACUGGAGUAGAAGGCAUCAGAGACGGAGCCGCCAUAUUAGGUAAGGGGGUGGAGGAAAUAGCAAACGGAGGUCGGGAUGCAAAAGCUCUAGGUUCUACACAUGGUUUGGGUGGGAUCAACGAUGCAGCACAUCUUGGUGGCGGCGGUAAGGACGCCCCUGCCAACCUUAAGAACGGUUUAUUUGGUGACCGAAACGCUGGGGGCGCUGGGAACGCAGUCCAUUCUAGCGAAAUCACUGAAGUCGGUCACGAAGGCACAUCGGUAGGCUCUGAACUCUCUGGAGCCUCGCAUUCCGAUCACAGUCCGUCUUCAGUUCCGUCGGACAAAGAACCACCAACAGCGGCAGUCGACUCGUCGAAGGAUAAUGUAGUAGCACAAGACAUGGCUCGGCUUAGCGGAUUGACUGGUCAGAACAUCAAGUUGGUCAGCUGGGAAGGAAAUCUAUACCGUGCCUUCAAGGCGCCGUUUUCAUGGAUGCUCAAGGCUUAUCGGGGCCGGAAAACCGCGAAAUACAUGCUUUGGCUUGCGGAUACCGAAACAGAACUCCCCCAGCUUCGCGCAAUUGUGGCAGCCGAUGACUUUACUAUCGCAGCCGGAGUAGAGAAACGCACAUGGCUAGGUCAUAUUCUCUUCGAAAGACUCGGAAUGGUGGACAGGACCAGAGAAGCUCUUACAGUAGACAAAGUCGCACCUGGCGUCCGUCUCACCAACGCUAUCGGGCGCGGGAUAAAGAGCUUGGUUGGAGGCUCAAAGGCGCACACAGCUGAGUUUGGAGCCGUCCCCAAGGCAUGGAAGACCUUUACUACUCCGUAUCGAUGGCUCACCGACACAGUUCAUAAGUGGCAAGUGAGCAGGAACACCAGAUUUGCCGGAGAGCGUACCGCUUGGCUUGCCCGAUUUGGGACUGAUGGGGUUGCAGACCGGUUUCAAAACAAUGCAGAUAUAGCACAAAUUGUAGCUGAGUAUAACAAACAAGUAUCCGUCAAGGAACUUUUCAAGAAAGGUGCUGCUCUCAUUUCAAAACCAAAGACUGGAACGAACAAUGCGGUAGAUGGCGUUCACGGUGCUGAAACUACUGCAAACGGGGUUAAGCAGACAUGAACGAGACAGUAACCCAUUCGGAGCUUAAUGUUUUUCUGAAUGUUCUACAUAUCGCGACCGUGGCAUCAAUAAUGUACUCUCUGUGGCUUUUCUGUUGUGUAUCCGGAUUGUUUUUGCACUUUUGCUUUCAUUCCUUUUCACAAAUGUAUUUUGAAAAGAACAUUCUCAAGAAU